AUGACUUGUAAAGAUCCUUUUAAAGUUAAAACUGGCGGGAUGAUUAACAUGCAAGCCCUUAAGAACGGGAAACUGAAGCAGGUGGAUGAUGCGUAUGAUACCGGAAUAGGCACACAAUUUUCAGCGGAAACGAACAAACGCGACGAAGAUGAGGAGAUGAUGAAGUACAUCGAAGAACAACUUGCAAAAAGAAAAGAGGGAUGUGACAAAGACAAUAAAGACCACAACCAUACAGAAACACUAAAGUAUUUGUCUCCCGAGGAAGCAGCCUUACUUUCCUUGCCAGACCAUUUGAGAGUCUCUUCAAAUCAGAGGUCAGAAGAAAUGCUUUCUAAUCAGAUGCUCAGUGGUAUACCAGAAGUAGAUUUAGGCAUUGACGCGAAAAUAAAAAACAUUGAGGCAACUGAAGAGGCCAAGAUGAAAUUAAUAUGGGAAAGACAAAACAAAAAAGAUGGCCCAUCUCAAUUUGUUCCAACAAAUAUGGCCGUUAACUUCGUUCAGCAUAACAGAUUUAACAUGGAGAAUGAUAAAAAACGAAAAAUUGAAAAAGUUGUAGUGCCCAAAACAGAAAUUAGCGUGAUUGAUGAGAACGUUGAUAAAAUAGUUAAGAAAGCUAAAGGGGAAAGAGCAACUGAUGAUUAUCAUUAUGAGAAGUUUAAAAAACAGUUUAGAAGGUGUUAA